GAGAGCAGACGUCUCUUGUCCGCCGAGCAGCAAGAAUCAAAACCAUGGCUGGCGAAUGGCCAAAAGACUUCGGCUUGGCAGCCCGAUUGCUGACCUAUCCUAGGAGACUUGAGGGAGCAUCUUCCUUAAUACAGUUCAUUGAGCAAGAAGUCAUUUUUACCAACAGUUCUAAACACGCCAUAAGUCGCAGAAAAUUUGUACUACGAUUUAUUAAGUUUUGCUCUGAACAUAACUGUAACCCCCUAAGCAGUCCUCAGGUUGGCUGGUUACUUAAAUAUGCAGGAAUUAAAUCUCGUGCUAUUGGUAAAAGGGGCAAUCAGACCAUGUGUUACUGUGGCCUUGUAUGGGCAAGUGAUUGGAAGAGUAAAACUUCAUGAAAACAUCGUGCAAAUGAUGCACCAGCACGGACUCGCCCACAACGACAUCAAGCCAGCCAACGUGUGCGUGCGGGUGGGCGCGGAGGGAGCCCGGGUGACCGUGAUCGACUUCGGUUUGACCAUGGCGGCCGGGGCGCUCCCGAGCCUGGGGAUCCAGUGGAACGAGCAGCUGUGCUACGCCCCCGAGAUCUGCCGGAGCGAGAGGGCGGGCCCGUGCGGCAGCCUCUCCGACGCGUACGCCGUGGGCAAGCUGCUGCUGGUCCUCUUCAGCGGGAAGCAGCAGAUGCCGCAGCUGGUGAGGCGCUGGUUCUUCAGGAGCCAGGAGCGGAUCCCGAGAGAGCGCCAGGGCCUGGGCGCGCUGCUGGAGGCCCUCGAGCAGGAGAGGAUCCGCCUGCUGCGCCGCUGCUACUGAGCAGGGCCUCCGCCGACUCUCACGGCGGCUGCGCGCGCGCGUCCGCAGCCGGGCUUUUUGUCGCCUUUCUUAUGAAAAUUGUAUGUGCUUUGCUAAAAAAAAA